AUGUUGGAACAAAAAUUACGAACAGAGCUUUUGCUCGGACGACCCGUGACGGAUGUGGAAAAUUUCAUUCAUUUAUUUCAAACAAAUUCGAAAAACGAUUUGAAAAUAUUUAGGCAAUAUUUAGAGUUAUUUUAUAAAACAACAAGAAAUUUAAAUUAUCAUGGAGUCCGAACCGUAUAA